AUGUCAGGCGCGGCCGUGGCUCUGCCGGCAGCCGGCUUUACUGCUCCGCUGACGAGAGCCGGGCCUGGUGCCUGAGGAGAGUCCGCCGAAAGACGCGGGAGCCUGCUGUGAGGGGAAGCCGACUCGGGAGACGGGGCCGCUUCGUCGCGCGGUAACCUGGCGGAGGCCGGAGCCGGAGCAAGUGGCUCGGCUGAGAGGCGAGCGGCGGACGAUGGAGCCGGGAGAGGCCUCGCCCCGUCAGCGCUGAGUAAGUUCCCGAGGUGGGAAGAGACGUUUCUCCCCAAAUUUGGGAAACAGAUGCCACGAGUCUUAAGCGGGUCCCUGAUGCGCCCCAUCUAUCAUAGCGGCGGAGGCUGCGACCCGCUCAGCCUGCUUUCUCCCUGUGGGCUUCGGGGCACCGCUUCGCUGCCUCGUCUUCGUGGUCCUGUGAAUGUGGGCCAGAAAGAGAGAGUCAGGUGUAAAAAAUACUGUAGAUGAGCUGUGCUUAGGGGAGGGGGCGUUGUUGUUCUUCUUCUUGUUGUUGUUGUGUAUUUUGUGUCUUCAAUUUGUACUCUUGUAAACCGCCCUGUGAUCUUCGGAUUGACUGGUGGUACGUAAAUCUAAAUUAAUAAUAAUAAUAAUAAUAAUAAUUAAUACAGGGGGUAUGGCCACUCUAAAUUCUGGUAGCGAACGUCUGGUAUGUAUUGUCUCCUGACAGCCUUUGCAACAGAGAGAACAGUUCUAAUAGGUAAAAAUGAGGACACACCAGCCACUCUGCAGCAAAAUGGGUUGUGCCCUUGGCUGCUGAAUUUCUGAAUGCCCCCCCCCUUUAUGUUGCAAACCACCCUGUGGACUUAGAGUGAUUAAUACUAGUAAUAGUAAUAAUAUAUUGUUGACAUCCAUCUGUCUUGAGAGACAAUGGAGUGCUUUUCCAGGGAUGAAGUCAAACAGCGGCAUUAUUUUAUUUUUAUUUAUUGAAUUUAUUGAAUUUAUGUACCACCCUAUACUCAGAGGUUUCAGGGCGGUUCACAGAAAAGAUCACAAUAUAUAAAAUCAAAAUAAGAACAAUAACCCGAUAAUACCCCCCGAUAUGUAUGGAGGUCCUGGGCUGCCCAGAAGACAAGACCCCACUGAUCAGCCUCACUGAUGUGGCUCAAAUGAAAUCAGAGCAAAAUGUUCGGCACCAGCUUCCCACAAGUAGAAAACUAGUGGAGCAGGUAUGCAGGGUAAGCUUGAACUUUUAUCUAUGGUGCUUUUAACUUUUUAGUUGUAGGGGGAUACAUAAUAGCAUGAUGGAUCUCUUAAAAAUGGCAUUCCCUCUAUCAGUACUCCGAAACAGCACAGCUUAUUCUGCUGCCACACAGUCCACUACCUUGUUCUGUAGCUUGCCUAGGCCAAGCAUAGAAAAUUGUCCUACAAAACAUUAGGUCAAAUUCUAACUUUACCACUUCAGGCACUAGGGGAAGUGGGUCAUAUUAUUUUUCCCGUAGUUCUUCCCAUGUAAAAGCUCCGUCCGUGUACGUCGGAGAAAAGCUAACCUAAACAUUAGUGAGUUUUUAAAGGAGAGGUUCUGGCACAAAGAAGAAGGGAAAUGCUCCCUUUGAAAAGUCCUUUCCCCAGAUCAGCGAAACUUAAGGAGCAUCUUCUGAAAGGCAAACUUGUGUGAAGGCAGAAAAUUGGACAUGCAUAUGAAAAGUGGAUAAAUAUGCCCCUUUGGAUUGCUGCCUUGGUCUCAUGGAAUUUGAUGUUUCAGUUUAAACGUUUCAUAUUGGAAGUCCAGAGGGGACUAAAACAGCCUGAUAAAUAAAGCUGCCAAAGUUUACUAGCUUGCUCCUUUUCCCUAGUCGACCAAGAGGCUAGUUGCCUGCCUUUUCUUACUGGAGGAGCAGAAUCCCCUUCUCCCCAGGCAGUAAAUGCAAGCUAGUAAACAAAAUUGCCUUCUGUCUGGCCUGCUGGCAGAAGGAGGAUGAAGCAAUCUGUCUUUUCCUCUGCCAAACAGCUGCUCACUCACUUCUAUGGAAUUCGUGGUUGCCUAUAGCUUGGCAGGCUAGUUGUUAAAUACAGAACAGAAAUAAAAGAAUGGGAAUAGGUCUAAUUUUAGCAAUUUUUUCAUGUGUGUUUAUGAUACUCCCUUUUCACAAGCAUGGAAAGCCUAUAUACAGGUAAGGAGUGUUGAAAUCUUCACCCUACAAUUCAGAAAGUUUUCAAUCACUUAACCUUCACUGAACACAUCCCAUUGUGAAGGCUGUUAAUAUAUUUUUAGCAUUUUUGCAUCACCUUUUCGUUGUUCUGUAAAAAUGGUAGAGUAAAAAUAUGUUACCAGACUUUAAUAUUUCAUGUAAAUUCUGCCUUUGUACACCCAAGUAUGCCUUGUUUAUAUAACUGCAAUUUGCAGUCAUUGCAUAAUGACUUAAUAAGCUUUGACAGGUGGAAGCAACUUUGGGCUGUUGAAAAAUUCAGUAAAAUGUAAACAUUAAAAAGAAACAGAAAACCCACUGCAAAUCUAAAGCAAAUAACAACAGGAAAAAAGUUAGGAACAGAAAUCGAAGCAUCUUAAAAGACCAAAGGUUUUCUGUCUUGAUCAGACCAUCACUGGGAAGGGAGGCAAAUGGAUCUCCUGAGGCAUUCUGAUACCUGAGCACAGCAACAGGGAAAGCCUUACUACACAUUCUUGUCAAAUGAGCCUCAGAUAUUAACAGGAUAUGUGAUAGGGCCUCUUCAGACAAUCUCAGAGAGUAAACAUGCUACUAUGGUGGGAAGCAGUUCUUUAGGUAUCCUGGUCUGAAGCUGUUUGGAAAAUGUUUGAACACCAUGUUUUAAUUAUGGAAAUUGUCCAGAAUUGCUUUCUUUGUAACUUCCAGUACUGCCUUCAACCUGCAUUACACUUUAGUUGAACUAUUUCCCACUCUUUCCACUCUCGUGUAUGUCUGCAAUGUUGAAGUUCAGAGUAGGGAUGACUAACCUGUGACCUGUCAGAUGUUGUUGGGCUGUUAUCUCUGGUUGUUGGCCAUGUUGGCUGAAGCUGAUGAGAGCUGGUAUUCAACAACAUCUGGAUGGCCACAGGUUAGCCAAUCAGGUUUAUACAGCAUUCUUGAGGCCCAACCUGGAUAUGAUGGCAACAUGCUGAACAUAGAAUAAAGUCUAUUUCCACAAUCCAGAUAAAGCGGUGAGGGAUGAUUGGAGCACACCAUGCCGGGAAUCUGAACCCUUGCUUAACCUAUACACCCCUCUUGCUUUUUAGAAAGCCUUUUUCCCUCUAGCUAGGCUCUGAAACAGGAAGUAGCCUUGCUGGAAGAAGAACAGCUUAAAAAUAAGUGGGUUUGAGUAAGAAACUGGGAGAGAGUGCAUGUUCCAUCUGUUCUGCCUUUCUAUCAUUUAAAUUGGCCACUCCUUCAGCUGACAGGGAAUUGCAAGGUACCCCAAGCCAAAUAGAAUAAACAUGUAUAGAAGGGGACUUCUAGUGAUGCUGCUUAUUUUCAAACAUACUUCCAUAGCCAGGGUGAGUGUUUUUAGAGACUUAAAUUGCACUUAAAGGCUAUUAAUGCCAUUCUGAAGGCAUUGUUACUGUUUCAUCAUAAUGUAAGAUGACUUGAAAUCAAAUUAAAGUGCUGUAAAGCCGCGUGGGAGAGAAUUAACAGCCAAGAUGCAGAUUAAGAGCACAAUCAUACACAUCCCAAAGUCAAAUUGGCAAGAGCUAUGAGUUAAGCCUUAAAAAAAGCACUUUGGAUUGUGUUCCAAAACUAAAUACUAGGCAAACAAUGAAAUCAACUGACUGCAAAGGGUUUUGGGGUACUUUGAUGUAUUUAUGGCCAUCUGCUCUUCAUUUCCUUAGCAUUUCAUCUGAAAUAGCUAGGAUUCAAAGUAGACCUGUAUUUUGUGGUGGGUGCACACAGUGAUGAUUAACUGGUACAGAACAAGCAAGGACAUUAAGCCAUGGUUUGCAGUCGACUUAAUAUCUAAAGCUGUUAAUCAUCAUUUUCUGGUUCUGAUAAAACAGGGAACUUAUAGGUAACGGGAGACUUCCAUGUUUGUUUGUGUGAAGGGAGUAGCAAAGUGACUGCAUGCAUGGCCAUAUGGUUCAUUCAUACCUAUUAAUCCAAGUUGUGAUCUGAAUGCAGCCAGGAUGUUUAUUGCAAAUCAUCGACCAGAGAACUUAAUUAAACAUUGUUUGUUUUUAUUUUAGCUAUGACAUUAUUAUAG